CCAUGUCCAUCUGCUCUGCUUCUAUAUUUGCAUGUAAACAAUUUAAUAAUUUGUGUCCAAUCAAAAUCAAAAUGUUCCUCAUUUUGUUUAAUUUAAAUACAAAAUAAUUUAAGCAUUUAUUUAAGAUAUAAACAGAAACAUUCAAAAGUGUAAAGUGUUUUAUUUCUAAGCAGCAAAGAUGGAACAAAGAGCUAACUUUCUUGCCCUUUGUUUAUUAGAUGCAAUGGAAGAUGAGGACCCAAAAAUGAUUGAAGAUGUCUUAAGCAAAUACGAUGUCAAUCCGAAUAUUAUCAUACAAGACAGAGGAAUCUCUCCGAUACAUUAUUCUUGUGGCAUGCCCAACAUCCAAUUAGCUGAAAAGACCACAGCAAUGCUUUUAGAAAGAGGAGCUGAUCCCAACGUUUGUUCCGAAGACAAUAUGACUCCAGUGCAUGUAGCAGCAAUUCAUGGAAGAGCUAACAUCAUUAAAAUGCUUUUGAAAAAGGGCGGAAAGCUUGACGUCCUCGAUGUUGACCGAAAAACUCCUAUCCUCUAUGCCAUCCACGAGUGCCACUUUGAUGUGGUGAAAGUAAUGCAAGAUUUUAUAUUCGAGCAGAAGUAUCAAAAGAAAACCCAAGAACUAAGCAAACCCGACACCCCAAGACCUUUAAAAAACAAUCACCUUUCUAUCAGUCAAAUGGAAAACAAGAAAUUUACUCCCAACCGCAUAAAUUACAAUUACGAUGUGACAAGCCCUUAUUACAUCAACAUAACCCAUCGCCGUAAAAAGGAUCCUUGUUCAUGUUGUACGCCAACAAACGAUAAUAAUGAUGACGAAGACACUUUAGACUAUAACAAAACCUCCAAAGAUUCCCCGCAAAACAUCUUCGCUUUGACCAAAGAAAAUAUUCAAGAACUUUCAAAAGAUCUUUCAACAGAACCCAAUACAUCGCCAGUCUCAUUGAUUCAAGCAUGGCGUGAAAAAGUCCAACGGGCCAAGAGCAAACUAUCGAUAAUCGAAAAAUUUAAUGACAUCGACUCUCUGCUCAGUGGGAUAAUGGACAAUGAAGAGUUGGAUUUCACAAACACCCUCCUCAAUCUCAAUCAAGAAGAGGAAGUUGACGAGGAGCAGACUUUGCAACAAAAACCAAAGUCAUUCAAUAAUACAAGUUUUGGUCGGAUUGUAAAGACAAUAGAAGAUGUACCAACAGAGAUCGAAGAUAGCUUCCAUACAGUUCCUGAUUCGUUAAAUCCCCAAGCACAAUCUACUCAAUUAAAUGAUACAAACUUCAUACGCUCGCCCAGAAAUUCAGAAUAUAUUGUUCAAAUGACAGAAGCUUAUGUUCAUACGGACGAUGAGAACGGAUUGGUAUUCUACGAGACAAAGCUACUGAAUAAUCAAAUUAAAAGGGAUUCGCCAAAGAAGGACAUUGGAAAUGGAAAAAUUCAUGAUGAGUCUGUAACAAGUGUGUCGACGAAUCUAACCGUGCCCUUAGACUAUGAAACAGAAGCACUCAGAGCGGAAUUAACACAAUUUGGUGACCCUCCUGGACCUAUAACAAAAAGUACAAAAAAACUCUACAUAAAGCGCCUCACCAAGUACAAAAGAAACACUGCCCAGAUGAAAGCACAAUUUAACACCAACGAAGAGAACAAAACAAAAUUUUCUGUAGAGCUUGAUCGAACUGUUCGCCGAGAAGAAAUCUUUGAACGUAUUUCAGAAUAUCGAACUUACGAACAGGAACUAGUUACAUAUUUUCAAAAUAAUCCCAAUACUAAACGCCUUCGUGAAGGUCACUUAAAGCAGAGUUUUAUUUAUAUGCUAAUUGAUCCGAGAAUAUCCAAUAAUUUACCUGGCGAAAGUACAUUCUUGACAAAAUUUGAAGUUUGGAAAAGAUUCUUGAGGUCAAUCUUUUACGUCGGCAAAGGUAAGACAUCGAGACCAUAUUCACAUUUGUAUGAAGCUAUGAAAAAGUUUUCUCGACUUCAUGGCACGGGUCAAACUAAAGGAAAUGGUUUAAAAUCCAUUCCAAUCGAAUCAUUCAAAUCGCCAACAAAACAAUCGUAUGAUAGCAAGAAACUCGACAGGAUUCUUGACAUAUGGUCAAAUGGAAAAGGCGUUGUUUGUUUACAUGUCUUUCAUAAUAUUCUACCUGCAGAGGCUUAUACCCGGGAAGCGGCAAUUAUUGAUGCGUUAAGCUUACAACAUCUAACAAAUAUGAAACGUGGUGACUAUUAUGGUCCAGCGCAAUCAUGGACAAUGAGAGCUAAAAAAUGCAUGGGAGUAGCAUUGCUGAAUAAGGCAAUGCAAAUUUAUGUAGCCGAGGGAGAAUCUCAACUCUCACCAAGUGAUCUAAUUUAAUGAGACGAUAUUAAUUAUUAUUGUUAAUUUUAAAGACUAUCUAAUGUACAAAUAUUUUUAUUUUAAUCAAUGCUUGUGUGAUAUACUAUAUUUCAAAAAAAUCAAAAAAGUUUUAAAUAUAACGUGAUUUUU